AUGGCAGACGCUCAGGUCCUCACCCCAGACCAGGUCGCACAGCUCCUAGCAGCCCAACAACAGUCCGCCUCCACCUCCUCAACCUCAACCUCAACCCCUUCCCAGCCCCGACUCAAAACGUCCUUCAAACAAACCCGUUCCCUCCCGCCCUUCUACACCGGCGGAUCCGUCGCUCUCCAUCCCUCCGGCACAUUCGUCUACUCCACGCUCAACGACUCGGUAUGCGUCGUCCAGGUGUCCACCGGCACGGUGGUGCAACAGUUUUCGCCCGAUACCGAGGAGAUCACCGCUCUGACGGUGACGCCUUCUGGAUCGCAUCUCGUCGUCGCGAGCAGAUCGCUGGCGCUCAACGUGUACUCGCUGCCCGAGUGUAAGCUCGUGCGGAGUGUGGCCAAGAGUCAUGCGAGUCAGGUGAACCUCAUGGCGGUGGAUCCGACGGGGACCUUGUUGGCGACGGGCGGGAGUGACGGUGUUGCCAAGGUGUGGGAUUUGGAGGGCGGGUUUGUGACGCAUGCGUUCAAAGGGAAUGCAGGGGUGGUGAGUGCGUUGGCUUGGAACAUGCCUCCCCAGACCACACCUGCAAGUGCAGGAGCGGGGAAGAAGAAGGACAAGAAGAAGGGAGAAGGGAAUGGAAGGGUCAUUCAGCUGCUCACAGGCUCCGUGGAUGGCAAAGUCAGAGCGUGGGAUCUCAACAACCCGGCUGAAACCAAUAAACCCAUCGCAACACUCGCGGGUCACGAUUCGGUCGUGAGAGGAAUCGCAGUCACCCCGGACGGCGCCAACGUCGUCACUGGUUCUCGCGAUCGCACCUUGGUCAUCUGGCGUCUACCUGGCGUCAAAUCGGGUGUUGUGGCAUCUGCAGCUGGUUGGAAGCAAUCCGAAACGCUUUCCGCAAACGAAGGAAUCGAAUCCGUCGGUUUUCUUCCCGCUUCGACCUUCCCCGACCCCGUGUUCUACACCGGCGGCUCCUCCGGCUCCCUCCGUCUCUGGUCCCUCGCCACCUCCAGCAUCAUCGCCGUCCAACCAAAAUCUUUCAACGAAAACCUCGCUCACCUCGCCAGACAAACGCGCAUCCAACGCGCACUCGCCUCCUCUUCUAGCCGCACCGUCGACCACCUCGACGCCGAAGACGAAGAAACGCGUGCCAUCACCGCCGUGCACCUCACCUCCACCCCUACCGGUGUCAACCUGGUUUCGGUGCAUGCCGAUCAGAACAUCGUCGUCCGAUCCGUCGGAUCCUCGCACGCUACACAGCUGAAGAAAGUGAGGCAGUUGAUCGGGUUCAACGAUGAGAUCGUCGAUCUGGCCAUGCUCUCGGCGAGCGAGGUGGGAGCGGAGGUGGAGGAGACGCAUCUGGCAGUGGCGACCAACAGCAGGUCGUUGAGGGUGUACACUCUAGGAGAGGAGGAGGAGACGUCGGUGGAACUGCUGGCGGGACAUACGGAUAUCGUGCUGUGUUUGGACAGGAGUCCGGAUCUGAGGUUGUUGGCGUCCGGUGCGAAGGAUAAGAGUGUGAGGAUUUGGGCGUACGUUCCCAGUUCCAGGUUGGGCUCCGUGACGCAGGAGGGGGGAGCAGAUGAUGCUGGAACCAAGGUUUCGCGUUCCAACGGCGGGGAGGUGGAUGAAGAGGGGGAUGGCGAGUGGGUGUGCGUCGGGAUUUGUGAAGGGCACGCCGAGUCCGUCGGAGCGAUCGCAUUUGCUCGUCGUCCCUCCGCUCCCGGCUCGCCCUACGCGCCCUUCAUCGUCUCCGCCUCCCAAGACCGCACCGUCAAGAUCUGGGACCUCUCCCCGCUCACCACCCUCCUCUCCCCCCAAUCCACCACCCGUAUCACCCAACCCCUGCACCUCAAAUCCCUCCUCACGCAACGUGUCCACGAAAAGGACAUCAACUGCCUCGACGUCUCCCCCAACAACGCCAUGCUCGCCACCGGAUCCCAAGACCGCACCGCCAAACUAUUCAACCUCUCCUUCCAAUCCCGCACCUCCAAAACCUCCACUGCAACGGCGCGGCUCUCGCCGCUCGCCACGCUCAAGGGACACAAACGAGGCAUCUGGGCCUGUCGAUUCUCACCGGUCGAUCUGGCGCUCGCCACCUCCUCCGGUGACAAGUCGAUCCGUCUCUGGUCGCUCAAGACCUUCUCGACAGUGAAACUCUUCGAGGGCCAUACGAACAGCGUGCUCAAGCUUGCAUUCCUUUCCGCGGGGAUGCAGCUCGCCUCGUGCGCCGGAGACGGUCUGGUGAAAAUCUGGAACGUCAAGGAGGAAGAGUGUCAGACGACCAUCGAUGCACACGACGACAAGAUUUGGAGCUUCGUCGUUUCGAGAGGAGAAGAGAGGAUGAUCAGCGCGGCCGCGGAUGGAUCGAUCAAGGUGUGGGAGGAUAGGACGGAGGAGGAGAAGCAGGAAAAGAGGCAGGAGAGGGAGGACGAGGUGCGGAUGGAGCAGGAGUUUGGCAACAUGUUGGUCGAGAAGGAUUGGAGGAGUGCGAUCGGGUUGGCGUUGCAGAUGGGUCAGCCGAGGAGGUUGUUGGGCUUGUUUACGCAUGUGAGCAACAGCAGACCGGAUGAGGAGGUGAGCAGGAAAACCGGGUUGUUGGCGAGUGUGUUGGCGGGGGGAGAUAGCGAUGAUGACGAGGAGGAGGAUGGGUUUGAAGGGUUCGAGCGAGGGGAUGACAGGGCGUUGGAAGCAGCUGGAAUUCGAACCACCCGUCGCAACCGCGGUGUUUCGAAAACAGCUCCAGCCUCGCACACUUCGGCCAACGCGGCGGACGUCAACUCGAUCACCGGCCUCUCCUCGGUCGACACCAUCCUCUCCACGCUCCCCGCACCGCUCCUCAUCCAGCUGCUCAUCUACAUCCGCGACUGGAACACCUCCACCCGAACCUCGCCCAUCGCCCAAACCCUGCUUCACGCCAUCCUCUCGACCCACACCGCCUCCUCGCUCAUCUCCAUGUUCGAUUCCUCCUCCAAGACUCACCGAGCUGCCCUCGCCGAACGUCUCGAGAACGAGGAGCUCGGGAUCGUCGACACGCUCCCCGAGAAGGAACGCGCGAGACGCAGGAGGAUGGAGAAGGAGAAAAACGUCGAUCUGGGUACCCUGGUCGAGGGGCUGUUGCCGUAUACGGAGAGACACUGGCAGAGGGCGGAUAGGGUGAUGAUCGAGAGCAGUAUGUUGGAGUACAGCGUCGAGGCUAUGGAUACGUUGCUAGGGUUUGAUGAUGGAGAAGAGGAGGAGGAGGUGGAGGAGGAGGAUGGAGAGGGAAGGACGUUUGGAGAGCAGCUGGGAAGUGAGGUCGAGGGAGAUGUCGAAAUGACCUCGGACGAUGGAUCGGACUAG